GUCAUUCGAUGAGUACUAAAAGUAAAAAUGGCAAACACGGGAGUUUUGCCGUUCGUUCGCGGUGUUGAUUUCACCAAAAAUGAUUUCAGCGACGGAAAAUUCCCUGCCGCUGUGCGGCUCAUGACCGGAGUGCAGUGGCUCAAGUUGGACAAGACAAACAUAUCAGAAGUGGCGGAAGAGAUGGGAAAGCUGGCAAAGCUGGAGCACCUUUCUCUGAAGAACAACGACCUGGAGAAGUUGUUUGGGGAGUUGACAGAACUGAAUUCUCUGCGCUCUCUCAAUCUGCGGCACAACAAAGUAAAGAAUUCCGGAAUCCCAACAGAAUUGUUUCAACUAGAAGAACUAACGACUCUGGAUUUGUCGCACAACAAACUCAAAGAGAUUCCUGAAGGACUAGAGAAGGCGAAGAACCUGCUCGUCCUCAAUUUGAGUCACAAUCAAAUUGAUAGCAUUCCCACUGCGUUAUUCAUCCAUUUGACGGAUUUACUCUUCCUGGACUUGUCCAGUAAUAAUUUGGAGACCCUUCCGCCGCAAACAAGACGUCUGGCCAAUCUGCAGACGCUCAUCCUCAGCGAUAAUCCUCUGGAGGUGUUUCAACUGCGCCAAUUGCCCUCGCUGCAGAAUCUGGAAGUGCUCCACAUGAGGAACACACAGAGAAAUCUGCAGAACUUCCCAACAUCUCUCGAUUCUCUGGGCAAUUUGGCGGAACUUGACUUGGCGCAGAAUUCUCUGGCGCGCAUCCCAGAUUGCCUCUACAAUUUGCCCAAUUUGCGGCGAUUGAACCUCAGCGAGAAUGAAAUCACGGAAUUGUCAACGAGCAUUGAUUGCUGGACGAAGCUGGAGACCUUCAAUCUCUCCCGGAAUCAACUCACCGCUCUUCCGGCGACUCUAGUCAAGCUCUCGCUCUUGCGGCGGCUUUAUUUGAAUGACAAUCAGCUGGAUUUCGACGGCAUCCCGUCGGGAAUUGGAAAGCUGAGUUGUCUUGAGGUCUUCUCGGCAUCGAAUAAUCGUCUGGAGAUGAUCCCUGAGGGACUGUGUCGAUGUGGAUCGCUGAAGAAGCUGAAUCUCAGCUCCAACAAGCUUAUAACCUUGCCAGAUGCCAUUUAUCUCUGUUCUGACUUGGAUCAGUUGGAUUUGAGGAACAAUCCGGACUUAAUAAUGCCGCCGAAGCCGAUGGAGAUGCAGAAGGGCGCUGGAAUUGAGUUCUACAACAUUGAUUUCUCGCUGCAACACCAGCUGAGAUUGGCCGGAGCUACAGUGCCGCCUGCUGUGCAGACAGCUGGCACGAGUAGCAAGGAUCCCAUUGCGAGGAAGCUACGACUGAGACGCGGAGCGCGUCCGGAAGUGGGUCAGGCCGACUCGGCGAAGGUGUUGAAGGGCAUGAAGGAUAUUGCAGACGAGAAGAACGCAAAGAAUUGGGAGGAAGAGCGCACGGAAAGUCUGAAGCCGAAGCGAUGGGAUGAGAGUUUGGAGAAGCCUCCGCUAGAUUACUCGGAAUUUUUCGAGGAUGAGGAUGGACAAAUUCCUGGUCUGACGAUUUGGGAGAUUGAGAAUUUCCUGCCCAACAAAAUCGAGGAAAUCGCUCAUGGGAAGUUCUACGAGGGCGACUGUUAUAUUGUCCUGAAGACGUGUCUGGACGAUGUCGGUCAGUUGACGUGGGAGAUCUAUUUCUGGAUUGGGAAUCACGCGCCGUUGGACAAGAGAGCGUGUGCCGCGAUUCACGCUGUGAACUUAAGGAAUUAUCUGGGAGCGCGCUGCCGGACUGUGCGCGAGGAGCAAGCGGAUGAAUCGGAGGAGUUUCUGGGACUCUUUGACACGGACAUUUCAUACAUUGAAGGUGGCAGGACAUCAACGGGCUUCUUUACGAUUGAAGACGUCGUUUACAUACCGCGAAUGUACAGAGUUCACGCGGCGGGAGCGUCAAUUCACUUAGAGCCCGUAGCCAUUGGCUUCACCUCAUUGGAUCCAAGGUAUGUUUUCGUGCUGGACACGGGACUGAGGAUCUUCAUCUGGCACGGGAGGAAGUCCAAGAACACAUUGAAAUCAAAAUCUCGCCUCUUGGCGGAGAAAGUGAACAAGAAUGAGCGAAAGAACAGGGCGGAGAUCUUCGUGGAGCUCCAGGGUGAGGAGAAUUCUGACUUCUGGAAAGUCCUGGGUUUUGAGGAUGGCGUGAGACCGGCGGAGAAGAUUGUGGAGCAUGUGGAGGAGAAUUUCACGCCGGUUCUGCAUCGAUUGUAUCAAGUGCAGCUGGGCAUGGGAUAUUUGGAGCUGCCGCAAGUGGAGAUUCCGGACCAGAAGAUGGUUCACACGCUGCUGCAAAGCAAGAAUGUGUACAUUCUGGACUGCUUCGGAGAUUUAUUUGUGUGGUUCGGCAAGAAGUCUACGCGACUCGUGCGAGCGGCGGCGAUAAAGCUGUCCCAGGAGCUGUUCAGCAUGAUCACCCGGCCGGAACAUGCUCUGGUGACGAGAGUGCAGGAGGGCACGGAGACGCAGGUCUUCAAGUCGAAGUUCGUGGGCUGGGAUGAGAUUAUUGCGGUGGAUUUCACGAGAACUGCUCAGUCAGUGGCCAAGACUGGGGCGGAUCUGACGAAGUGGGCGAAGCAGCAGGACACAAAGGCGGAUCUGGCGGCUCUGUUCAUGCCGCGUCAGGCCGCGAUGACUCUCACGGAGGCCACGCAGCUGGAGGAGGACUGGAACUACGAUCUGGAGGCCAUGGAGUCGUUCGUGCUGGAGAACAAGAAGUUCGUGCGGCUGCCCGAGGAGGAACUCGGUCACUUCUACACGGAGGAGUGCUACGUCUUCCUCUGCCGCUACUGCGUUCCCGGUGAGGAGGAUGAAGACGGCACGGCGGAGAAUGCGCCGCCACCCGAGGAUGAGAUUCAGUGCGUGGUGUACUUCUGGCAGGGCAGAAAUGCCGGCAACAUGGGCUGGCUGACUUUCACGUUCACGCUGCAGAAGAAGUUCAAGGCAAUGUUCGGCGAAGAGCUGGAAGUGGUGCGAAUCCACCAGCAGCAAGAGAACUUGAAGUUCAUGGCGCACUUCAAGAGGAAAUUCAUCAUCCAUCACGGGCGGCGGAAGCAGAAGCAAUUGACGCCGGACGGAAAGGCGAUGGUGAGAUUUUAUCAUCUGCGUUCGAACGGCAGCGCUCUCUGCACGCGCCUCAUCCAGAUCAAGCCGGACGCGUGCUUCCUGAACUCUGCAUUCUGUUACAUCCUGUACGUGCCAUUUGAGACGGAAGAUGAGUCUGAGAGUGGGAUUGUCUAUGCCUGGAUUGGCGCUAAGGCCGCCGCCGAGGAGGCUAAGCUGAUCCAGGACAUUGCGGAGAGCAUCUUCAAUAAUCCCUGGGUGAGCCUGCAAGUGCUGAACGAGGGCGAGGAGCCGGAGAACUUCUUCUGGGUCGCUCUGGGCGGCAGGAAGCCCUACGAUUCCGACGCUACUUUCAUGGAAUACACGCGCCUCUUCAGAUGCUCCAACGAGAAAGGAUAUUUCACAGUGGCUGAGAAGUGUUCGGACUUCUGCCAGGACGACUUGGCAGACGAUGACAUCAUGAUUCUGGACAAUGGAGAGCAAGUCUUCCUCUGGCUGGGUGCCAGAUGCAGUGAAGUGGAGAUCAAGCUGGCCUACAAGUCUGCACAGGUUUACAUCCAGCACAUGCGAAUCAAGCAACCGGACAGGCCGCGGAAACUCUUCCUCACGCUCAAGAACAAGGAGUCCAAGAGAUUCACCAAGUGCUUCCACGGCUGGGGAGAGCACAAGAAACCCCCGGAAUAG